AUGGAAAAUGCUGCCGCAAGUUUGCCUGAAGUUGUCACCGACGUUGCCACUGUGGUUGUAGACCCUCCUUUUGUUGAGAUAGGACUUGCAGCUGGUUGGUGGCCGUGGCAUUUUAUCCAGAGUGGGCUGGAGUCAUUUUACUUAGCCACAGGCUCACCAUGGUGGCUUACUAUUAAAAUGAUGACAAAGUUUCAAAAACUGCAAAGAUCCAGUGAUCCCGUGCAACAAGCACUUGGCCGACAAAAACUGCAAAAGUUUUUCAAAAAACACGGAACUGGACCUGUAUCCACUUUGGCCAACUCCUUGCCAAUGCCAAUCAUCUUUAUGUCCAGCAUUACGGCUAUCCGGCAAAUGUCUGCUGUUCCCGUUCCAUCUUUAGAAGCUACAAGCCUCCUGUGGAUGGAAAGCUUAGUGGCAGGAGAUCCAUACAGGGUCCUACCGUUAGUCACUGGAGGAGUUAUAGGGAUUACUAUUCAUUCAUCCUUUAAGAGUGGCAUGAUAGCAGGAGUGUCCCCAAGCACUAUUCAAAAGAUGAAAUUCGUGCCUCUUCUACCAAUAGUAUUGAUGCCUCUACUGAUGGGCCAUCUACCGUGCUCCAUUACUCUGUAUAUUCUAACAAACACCUGCUUCACUUACUUGUCAACCCUACUGCUACAGAAUGAAACGGUCAAACAGAAACUUAAAUUCCCUGUCAUUGAAACUCCAAAAUUGUCACAAACCCAGCAAAAGAAAGGUAUUUUCUCCAGCGCGAUGACAGAGGCAAAAGAAAAAGCCACGAAAAGAAAUGAAGAACGAAUAAUUAAAAAGGAGAGAAAAGAUUUACAAAAACAACGAAAAAAAGAACUGAAAAACCCCCCUCCCAUAACAUAUGCUAUUGGUACUGAAGCGUUUAAAAAAGAAUUUGUUCCCGAUUUUGAAAAAGAAUGGCGGCCUCCAAGGCCCAGUAUGUUUAAUAAUUAA